CGGCCGCGCCCGUGUCCCGAGGCACCGCGCCCGAGGCCGGGCCCAUGUGCCUGCGGCCCGCCCCAGGCUGCUCGGGCUUCGCCUCCGCCAGCGCCCGGGCCUCCAACCAGCCGCCGCGACCUCCGGCCCGCGGGCCAGGAUCAAUGCCCAGAGCCAAGGCAGUUUUUCUUUAUGGAUUUCUGUCCAUCGCUGUUUUAUAGACCUAGUAGAGUCUUCUAAGCUCUGUGGCCAUCACCAUGUUCUGGAAGUUUGACUUGAAUACUACGUCCCAUGUUGACAAGCUGCUGGACAAAGAACAUGUGACACUGCAAGAGUUAAUGGACGAAGAUGAUAUUCUACAGGAAUGUAAGGCUCAGAAUCAGAAGCUGCUGGACUUCCUGUGCAGGCAGCAGUGUAUGGAAGAGCUGGUGAGCCUCAUCACACAGGACCCCCCCCUGGACAUGGAAGAGAAGGUCCGCUUCAAAUACCCAAACACAGCCUGUGAGCUUCUGACUUGUGAUGUGCCACAGAUCAGCGACAGACUGGGCGGGGAUGAAAGCCUAAUGAACCUUCUAUAUGACUUCUUGGACCAAGAGCCGCCACUCAACCCUCUACUUGCCAGUUUUUUUAGCAAGACCAUUGGCAAUCUCAUUGCAAGGAAAACUGAGCAGGUAAUUAUAUUCCUGAAGAAGAAGGACAAGUUCAUCAGCUUGGUGCUGAAGCACAUGGGUACCUCAGCUCUCAUGGACCUGCUGCUGCGCCUGGUCAGCUGUGUGGAGCCAACUGGGCUCCGGCAGGAGGUCCUUCAUUGGCUGAAUGAAGAGAAAAUUAUCCAGCGACUUGUGGAAUUGAUUCAUCCCAAUCAAGAUGAAGAUAGGCAGUCCAAUGCUUCUCAGGCGCUCUGUGACAUUGUGAGGCUGGGAAGAGACCAGGGUAGUCAGCUGCAAGAGACUGUGGAGCCGGACCCUCUCCUCACAGCCCUGGAGUCACAGGACUGUGUGGAGCAGCUUCUGAAGAACAUGUUUGACAAAGACCAGACGGAGAGUUGCCUAGUCAGCGGGACACAGGUGCUGCUUGCCCUGCUGGAGCCACGGCGGGCUGGGACAGAGGGCUUGGUGGACUCCUUUCCUCAGGGACUGGAAAGGUCGUAUGUCGUCAGCAGCAGUGUUCUCCAUGGCAUUGAGCCAUGGCUGAAGGACUUUCACCAGCUCCUGCUCAACCCACCAAAGAAAGAAGCGAUUCUGACCACCAUUGGUGUGCUGGAGGAACCCCUGGGGAAUGCCCGACUGCAUGGUGCACGCCUCAUGGCUGCACUGCUACACACGAAUACACCCAGCAUCAACCAGGAGCUCUGCCGGCUCAAUACCAUGGACUUACUGCUGGACUUGUUUUUUAAGUACACCUGGAAUAACUUUUUGCACCUCCAAGUAGAACUGUGUGUAGCUGCUAUUCUCUCCCACGCUGCUGGGGAGGAGCAGGCAGAAGCCAGUGGAGCGGAGAGCAGGGUGGAGCCUCCUCAGGGCAGUGCGAACAACAGGGAUGGAAGGCUGGAGACCCCCGAGCCCACCGCCAGCCUUCCUGAGAACCCCAUGGUGACUCACCUGUUCCAGAAGUGCUGCCUGGUACAGAGGAUCCUGGAGGCCUGGGAAGCCAAUGACCACACACAGGCGGCAGGUGGCAUGCGGCGUGGGAACAUGGGCCACCUCACUCGCAUCGCCAACGCAGUGGUGCAGAAUCUGGAGAGGGGCCCUGUGCAGACACACAUCCGCGAGAUCAUCCGAGGGCUCCCUGCAGAUUGCCGCGGCCGCUGGGAGAACUUUGUGGAGGAGACACUGACAGAAACCAAUCGCAGGAACACCGUGGACCUGGUGAGCAUUCACCACCUUCACUCCUCAAGUGAGGACGAGGACAUUGAGGGUGCUUUCCCUAACGAGCUGUCCCUUCAGCAGGCCUUUUCCGAAUACCAGAUCCAACAGAUGACAGCCAACUUCGUGGAUCAGUUUGGCUUCAAUGACGAGGAAUUUGCAGACCAGGAUGACAACAUCAAUGCCCCAUUUGAUCGGAUUGCAGAGAUCAACUUCAACAUUGAUGCCGAUGAGGACAGUCCCAGUGCAGCUCUGUUUGAAGCCUGCUGCAGUGACAGAAUUCAGCCCUUUGACGAUGAGGAAGAAGAGGAUAUCUGGGAAGAUGAGGAGACUCGUUGCACUGCUCGGGGGGUGGCCAGAGCCAGGUUCGGAGGUCCCCAUGCUCCAGAAAACGACUCAAAGAAUGGUCAGGACAAGAAAGCCAGCUCGGAGGCAGCCAGGAAUGCACCUGGGGUGGGCACCCCUCUGGCUUCUGUGCAGAGCGAAGGCCCCGUGUCAGAAGGGGCUGCCUGGACUGCAGUGUUUGAUGAGCUGGCGAAUGCAACGCCCACAACCCCAGCAGCCGCCAGGGACGUGGGUUCUAGUGUGUGGGCAGCCAGCCCCUCGGCUCCGGAAGAGAAAGGCUGGGCCAAGUUCUCCGACUUUCAGCCUUUCUGCUGCUCUGAGUCUGGGCCUAGGUGCAGCUCCCCCGUGGACAUGGACAGCAGCCACACCGAGGGCAGCCAGAGUGCAGGCCCAGGGAAAGCCUUCGGUCCCACCUCACCGUGCACUUGGAGUGUGUGUGUCACCAGGAAGGCCCCCCUGGUGGCCUCUGACAGCAGCUCCUCCGGGGGCUCUGACAGCGAGGAGGAUGAGAAGGUAGCUGGCAGUGUGGACGCUGUGAACACCAGCCAUGGUCUGGAAGUCCCCAAGCUGCCCAGGAAAGAGGAAGCUACUGUUGGCAGGGCCAAGUGUGCUGACAGCAUGCCGCCAGAGCCCGCCCGCCCUGCACCCGCCCAAGUGACCGCCGCUCCAGCCACGGCCGUGCCUCCCGAGGGCACCGUGGCUGCCACUAUGCUGAGCAAGACAGGCCCUCCCAAAGCCGUUUCCUCUGCACUGGCUGCCACAGCCCCCGCAGGCCCCUUCACGGCAAGAGCCCUGGCAGCCCCAGCCUCCGUGGGGACAGUGACAAAGGACAGAAAGACAGAUGACCCACCAGAAGGAGCUGCCUUAAACGGUCCUGUGUAACGCUGCUGCCACCCAGCCACGGCCCACCCUGGUCAGGCAGCACCCUGCUGCAUCAGAACGACCUGGUGACGCAAUCAGUUUCCUUUCUUAAAAGUUUAAUUUUAAAAUAAAUGCUGCAUUGGUAAAGCUGGCGGUUGGAACCAGACAGAUGACCCAGCUGUCUCUCUCCUGCCCAACCUGAGCCACUCAGGCCCUGCUGGAGGCAGAGGACACGCCUUGCCAGUCCCCCGGGCAGACCCUGCACAGCAAUAAGGUCCCCAAUGUGCAACCUCUUCCUGCAGGGGUGGGGAUCAGGGACUCAGAUCUCAACAGGCCGUAUGACGUGAUGGGCUGGAAGCGUGCAGAGACUGAGGCUCUUUUCACUAUUUUUUUUUUUUUAAUUACAUGCAGAAGCGAGUUUUUGCACUUUGUAUCCAGAGACUGUACAGGGGCUUCCCUGACUCAGGGCAAAAGUGAGGGUCUGGGCUAAGGAGACAUGACCCCACAAACGCACAUGACUUAGGAGCUGGUUUGGCCACAUGGGGUCAAAACUCAGCAUUAUACCUGAUGGCCAUGAAGACUAGCACUGAACCAGGUGGCAAGUUUUGACUGCCUUAACGAGAUGGGGCCUGCAAGGGGUGUGGUGUCUCUGAGCUUGUGAACAGGGCAGACUGGUGGCAGGUGGGUAGGUAGUCAGGAGGACCCGCAGGAGCAGCUCAGGCCACUGAGCGGCUCAGAGACUGAGAGGGCCCAGGUUGUCCGAGAAGGGUCUGGAAGACUACUCUGCCUACACUGAGUUCUCUUUUCAUGUUCUGACAUCCGCGACAGGGCACCUCCUCCAAUCCCCAAUAAAAGUUGUAUCAUUCUUA